UGCAAAAUGGGUCACUCCGUCAGAGCCAUUCGGUGACUUACAGUAGCUGCUCGAUGGACUCGAGGCGACAUCAGGGCGGUCGACGCUUCGACAAUGGCGGACGCAGGUUCCGCCGCGGUGGAGGACGCGGUUCAGGCCCCGUGUGGUUCAAAGGUGAGGGCUACAACGACCACGAGAGCGUGUGUAUCGCCGAGGAGGUGGCGGGUAUUUCGGGCUUCCUGACUACAAGUCAACGAGGCUUUAAGGGCGUCGUCAAGCAGCGCUUCGCCGAUUUUGUGGUGCAUGAGCUGUCGCUUCGUACCAAGCAGCCAAUUACGCUGCAGAAUGUGGCCAAGAAGGGCAAGACUGCGCAGCUGGCCUUCCAGGAGCGCGUGUUGGAUUUCGUCCUGGGCACCGUGGCACCCCGCGACGAGAUCGAUACGACCGCAGAGGUACGGGACAAGGAAGAACUCCUCGGCUCCGUACGCCAACUGGCUCGCAAGCUGCAACAAGCAUCCACGAAGCAGCAGAAGCUGGCCCAGGUAGCUCAAGAGGCCUAUCACCUGAAGCAACUGGUGAUACUGGUGACUCAGGAAAUCGGAGCCAAGAAGGGUAAGGAGUUUGAACAAUUCUUAGAGAAAGUGGAGCUCGCGCGGGUCGAGUUCGAGGCCAAGGCGAAGGAGGUGGGAGAACAGGAGGCCACCAAUGCUGCCCUUGCGGCUGCAGAUGGUCUGUCGUUCUACCUUGGAGGACUGAACGACAAGGCGGACCGCGUGUUUAUUCACGAAACCAUGAGACGCUACGGAAAGUCGAGGAUUGUAGCCGAUACGUUGAAUAUUGGAAGCGAUACAGCCGUGAUCCGGGUGAGACCGCACUUUGCAGUAAAGUUGCUGCCUGGUGAACGCGACAGCAGGAGGGACUGGCCGGUUGGACAACCGGAUUAUCUGCAAUUCACACUGUACAAGCGGAAUAAGGACACGUCGGCUGUGAUAAACCAGCUCGCGUCCAUGCUGAAGAUCUCUCCGGCGUUGUUCUCCUAUGCUGAUGCUAAGGACAAGCGUGGAAUUACCACGCAGCUUUGCACGGUGUAUCGUAUACCCAAGGAUCGCGCCCAGGUGGUGUUCCGCCCAGGCGGUACGAAGAAGCUGGAAGAUCAGCAGUAUCUCGUGGGUGACUUGCGUUAUGUGUCUCGGAAGCUCGAGCUGGGUGACUGUGCUGGUAACCGUAUCGCAAUGGUGAUCCGCUCGUUACCUGUAGACGAUAAGGAGUUGUCUGAGAAGGAGAUCCACCUAGCAGUACGCAGCUGGGAGACGCGUGGCUUCAUUAACUUUUACGGCCUCCACCGCUUUGGUAACGCCAGCACUUCGUACCACCUGCUUGGUCGUGCGAUGCUGCGUAAGGACUAUAAACUGGCGGUGUUGCUGUUGCUUCGCCCCCAGGAGGGCGAAGCUAGCAAGAUUCGAGCAGCGAGGGAACACUUCCGCCAGCACAAGGAUGUGGCUGCAGCUCUGCGUAUGCUUCCGCCUUUUUUGGUGCCGGAGCGAGCGGUUCUCGAGGGUCUGCAGCAACAUGGCAUUGAUGCACAUGAGCUGGCGUUCAACAACAUUCCGAAGCCUCUUCGCACAUGUUACGUGGAGACGUACCAGGAUUUCGUCUGGAAUGAAAUGGCGAGUAUGCGCGUGUCCAAGUUCUCGUCUACGUCGGCUGUUGCCGGCGACCUUGUGCUUGUUAAAAAUGACAAUUCAAAGGUGUCGAAGAAGUCGAGUGAAGCAGCUGGGCCUGCGAGGAAACGCAUGAGGACUGGGAAAACUACGAGGAGGCACGUGAUCCCAGAAGUUAUGGAACUUACAGAAACCAAUGUGGACCAGUACUCGAUCGAGGACGUUGUUCUACCGCUUCCUGGGCACGCUAUUAAGUAUCCUACCAACGAAGUUGGUGUUGCGUACCGAAAGAUGCUCACGACGGACGGUAUCGACCUGAACGCUCACUUUGGACCUGAUGGCAGUCAGACGUAUCUACUGGAUGGAUCAUACCGCCACUUGGUGAAGAAACCCGCCCGCGUCUCCUUCCGAUUGGAACGCUACGCUGACCCAACCAAGCCGUUGAUCUCGAAUGACGUUGACGCCUUACUCGUCCACUCUCCUGACGCGUCACCAGAAAACACGGAGGAGACCCCGUCAAAGGAGACAGAGCAGGCCUCACACCGCGCAUUGGUUCUGGAAUUCGAUUUGGACUAUGGUUCUGACGCGACGAUCGCUAUUCGCGAACUGAUGAAGCAGAGCAGCAGUGCCCAUGUAAAUUGGCAGACUCCGAGUGUCGAUGCAGCGAGUAGUGAAGCGACAAAGGCUGGAGGUGGCUCUGUUGCCGCAGACUCGACCAGUGGAGCUAAAGGUGGUGCAUCGAGCUCGCAAGCGAAGAAAAGUGACUCGCGCAAGGUCAUCAAAGCUCAGAAAAAGACGCAAGUGGCUAUCGGCCGACCAGGCUUCAGCCUUGGAAGGUCAUAAGGCGUCGAUACUGAUGAUACUUGUGUGCUCAGCAACUGGAAAUUGAUAGGCAAUAGAUGGACAUACGAGGUGCUGCAGUAAAAAGUUUGACAAGAUUGAAGAUGUACUUGACGUUAGUCGUCUAUCUGCCUAUCUAGCGUCUUCUCUGCGUCUAAUAACCAAGUUCGGCGGCAAUUUUCUUGGCCUCCUCCCAGAAAAGGAACGUGAAGAUGGUGUGCGGACCGAGCCGCAUGUAAUGCGCCGCCCAGCCCUUGUAGAACCCUCUAACACCCUCGCUCUUCAUAGUUUUCAUGAUGCAGUCCAUCACGCCCGAGUACAAUUUACCCUUGCCGUUCACCACCUUCUGGCUGUAAAUCCUCGUAGAUACCACAUCCAUCGGAUUCAUCGCCGUCGUCACCACAAGACCCGUCAAGAUACUCGCUGUUGUAUCAAGAACACCACUCAGUUCUCCAUUGAAAACCUCUCAACUAUCAUAGCAAACUUACAGCCCAAGUGAACCUGCACACCGUCUUCAAAGCCUGCAGCAAGCACGAGUGUCUUCGCCUGUGUAUACGUCGCCAGUUGUGUACCGGAACCGAUCUGCACCAAGCAACCAUCUAAAUCAGUGCACCAUCCUUCUACUUCAGCUAAAAACUCUCCGACGUACCGCAACACGCGGAAUCGACGCUGUCGCGCCGCGGUACAGCCCCAACAGCCCGUCAGAUCUGAUAAUCUGCCGGAAUCCGUCCAUCUACAGCAGCAACAUAAAUACCAAUCAGACCACCACUCUCUUCCAUCUCCUGUCUUCUUCGUACCAUUCCGUUGUACGCAUACUGCGCAUUGAUCUUUCCUGCCG